CCGGCAGCGAUUCAAAGUCCGCGCUGAAUGUUUACGGACCGAGUUGGAGUCCGCGCCCAUUCUGUCUUUUCACCCAGACUUGGCUCGUCGGGGCUCCAUUGUCACUUCCAAAACUAAAGCUGCGAGUCUGAAGUCCUCGGAGGUGUGCAGGUACGAUUUACAUUAUGACGAAACAACACGCUGUUCUUAUUCCCACUGAUUACUGCAGCAAACUGAAUAACUGCCGUAAAGCUAUUGCAACGUAACGCAAGUAUUUGUGAAACGUCGUGUAUGACGCGAUAUGGCCCGCCGUGUUGCAGUGAUUGGUGGUGGCAGUUCUGGGCUGACUUGUAUCAAGUGCUGCCUUGAUGAGGGACUAGAGCCAGUGUGCUUUGAGAGCAGUGAUGACAUCGGGGGCUUGUGGAGGUUCAAGGAGGACCCGGAGAGUGACCGGGCCAGCAUUUACCAUUCUCUCAUCAUCAACACUUCGAAAGAGAUGAUGUGUUUCAGCGACUAUCCCAUCCCUGCCCAUUUCCCCAACUACAUGCACAACUCUCUCAUCAUGGACUAUUUCCGGAUGUAUGCUGAACAUUUCCAGCUGACUCGCUAUAUUCACUUUCAGACCACUGUCUGCAGUGUGAAGCAGCGGCCCGACUUCUCUUACUCCGGACAGUGGGAUGUGGUGGUUAAGAACAAAGAAGGCCGGGAGGAGAAAUACAUCUUUGAUGCGGUUAUGAUUUGCAUUGGACACCAUGUUUACCCCAACUUACCCUUGAAAGACUUUCCAGGGAUAGAGACGUUUAAGGGGGAUUGGAUGCAUAGCCGCGACUACAAGAUACCAGAGCAGUGGCGAAACAAAAGAGUGGUUGUGAUUGGAAUUGGGAACUCUGGAGGAGAUAUCGCUGUAGAGCUGAGCAGAGCGGCCCAACAGGUGUUCCUCAGCACACGGCGUGGGGCGUGGAUCCUGAACCGUGUGGGAAAAAACGGAAUCCCUCUGGACCUGUUAUUUAACAGAGUCAUGUACCUGCUGGGUUAUGUCCUGCCAUUUGGCUUCCUCUGCAGCCUGUGGGAGUGCGCAGUCAACAAGAGGUUUAACCACACGCUGUAUUCUCUAAAGCCCAAGCACAGGCUGAUGAGCCAGCAUCCCACAGUGAGCGAUGAACUCCCCAACCGCAUCAUCUCUGGCACAGUGCUGGUGAAGCCCAACAUAUGCCGGUUCCAGGACUCUAGUGUGGUGUUUGAGGAUGGAACCGUGGAGGAUGACAUUGACCUUGUUGUCUUUGCCACUGGCUACCGCUUUGCUUUCCCCUUCCUUUCCUCCCCUGUGCUCUCAGUUUCAGAGAACCGGGCCAGCCUUUACAAGCAUGUCUUUCCUCCUGAUUUGGAGCGUCACACCCUGGCUAUCAUUGGCCUAGUGCAGCCACUGGGUGCCAUAAUGCCUAUUUCCGAGAUGCAGGCACGUUGGGCCACACGUGUCUUCAAAGGGUUGAACAAGCUUCCUUCAACAGACCGUAUGUGGAAAGAUAUCAAAUCGGUAACAGAAGAAAUGUCAAAAAGGUAUGUGCCCUCUGCCAGACAUACCAUUCAGGUAGACUUCACCCCCUACAUGGACGAACUGGCAAAUCAGUUUGGGGUGCGGCCAAACAUCCUAAAGCUGCUGCUGACAGACCCUCGCCUGGGGUUCAGCGUGCUGUUUGGACCCUGCACCCCUUAUCAGUUCCGACUGCGUGGGCCAGGAAAGUGGGCAGGUGCCCGGAAUGCCAUCCUGACGGUGUGGGACAGGGUGAGCAAACCAAUGAUGACACGAGUUGUACCAGAGCCCCGUCCUUCCAGACUACCAAAGUUGCUUGUUCUGAGUACCCUGCUUGUAGCAGCCAUUUAUGCUGGAAAAAGGCAUUCUAAACUGCUGGAAAGCCCCAUGGCUGCCCUGAACAACUGGAGGAUGUACGUCCCAGCGGCGGUCCUUCGCGUGCUCAAAAUCUGAACCUAACAAGAGUUUGAACCUUACUUCUGCAGAAACCCUUACCUGUCAGUAACCUAAUUUUGCCUGACUGCCUCAUUUAUAUACAUAUGGCAAAAUGUAUUACAGAAUUCUCAAAAGUAAAUUUGAUAAUAAAAUACAAAAAUAAUACCAGACCAAUAAAUAUGUCAUAACACCAUGUCAUAUGCUGACCACAGACAGUGGCAUUCCUGGCAGUGACAGAAUUGUAACCUUAUUGGGAAUUUCUUUUUAAGCAAACAGAUUAAUAAAAAGUGAUUUGUAAUUUUAUACAUUCUGCUGCCCCUGAAUCCUUAACCGCUGUAUGCUCAUCUAAUCUUCUAUAGCAAUCUGAAAAGUAAAUACUUAGACAAGAAUAGGGUAAUUAAAAGAAUAAUAAUUGCUUUACUUAUUAAUUGCAAAAGCGUUGUAAUUUUUUGCAGUUUAAUAAUUAACAAUAAAAAAAUCACUGAAAGCAAACAGAUAAAAUGUGGACAUGCUCUUGCUGGUUAGACUGGGGAUAAUUGGUGUUUUAAUGUUCUUAUAAAAAGUUUUUAGAUUCUUGUGAAAUGCUGUCAAUUUAUUUGAAAUGGAG